GGGUCCAGUGUGAAGGGAGGGGCCGACUCCGGAGAGGUGCUGGCAUUGAGCCCGGCAAAAUUCACGCAAUUUCCUCUGCCAUGAUCUUUAUAACGGGAGCAGCCGGUCAAGCGAGUCCACGGCAGCAGCGGGACAGGCGCUGAGCUGCCCCGGCACGGCCUCGCCUCCCGCUGCGCUCUGCCCUGCGCCGAGCCCGCCCGGCUGCAGCCGCACGCCCUGACUGCACGGGCCUGAGAUGGGACAGGACAAUUGCAAACCCCAGCCUGGAGACCUGAUCGAGAUCGACCGGACAGGUUACCAGCACUGGGCGCUCUACGUGGGGGAUGGAUAUGUCAUCCAUGUGACAGAUGAAGGAGCCACAUCCCUUACGCUUAGCAGCUCUUCAAUAUGUGCCACAACGGCCAAGGUGAAGAAGCAGCUCCUGAAGGAUGUGGUGGGAAAUGAUAAAUGGCGUGUCAACAACAAGUAUGACCGCUCCCGCACUCCUUUCCCUGUGAAGAAGAUCAUCCAGCGUGCGGAGAAAUGCGUUGGCAGGGAGGUACCAUAUGAUGUGCUUAACAAGAACUGCGAACACUUUGUGACAGAGCUUCGCUAUGGAGAAGGAGUCUCUGAUCAGGUCAGAAAUGCAGCUGCUGGAGGUAUAGGUAUAAUAGGAACUGCACUUCUUGGUGCUGCUGCUCUUAUUGGGAUGGCACUGUCUGAGAACAAAUCCAGGACAUAGUACUAAUGAUGAUCUGUCAGGAAGAGUUCAGAGCAAGGCAGAGUGAGCUCCUGGAAACAGCAGUUAGCUUUUCCUACACCUGCCAUCAAGGCUUCCUACCAAUUGUGCCACCCUUGCUGUAAACAUUCAGUAAGCCUUAAUAAAAUGUCUGAAAU